GAAAACCUUCAAAUUUAUUUCAUUGAACGCAACACAAAAACAAAAAUAAAUUUUACAAGAAUCCCCAAGUUUUUCAAUUUUCUCAUAAAACCUCUUAUUUUUUUAAUAAAAAUGUCUGAAUAUGAAGGUGUAAGAAUUGGUAAACUUGUCCUCAAAGGAGAAAAAUCCAAGCAAAACAAAAAGCGCAAAAAGAAAGACAAGGAACACAACAAACAUGAAAAACAACGCAAAGUCGAAGUCGAUGAGGAUGCUCUAAAAAACGGUGGAUGGUGGCGAGCUAAAGCACUAACCGACAUCACUGGAACAGUCGGAAUUCAAUUUGGUGAACGUGCUUAUGUUCGAGCAAUGGACAAUGGUUUGUUUACACUCGGAGCGCCGCACAAUGAAGGUGAAGGUCCAGAUCCGGAGGAGAUUUUCACUGCUUUUCCAAUUAAUGACUCUAAGGUAGCUUUUAAGUCGGGUUAUGGAAAGUAUUUAAAGAUUGAAAAGGACGGGGUUGUGACUGGCAGAUCAGACGCAGUUGGAAGUAUGGAACAAUGGGAACCAAUUUUUCAAGAUGGUAAAAUGGCUCUUCUAAGUGAAACGGGUCAUUUUAUGUCCAUCGACCCGGAAGAUGACGCAUGCGUUGCUUUGAGGAAGACAGUUGGACAAAUGGAAGUCACUGUAAUUCGUUGUAAUGCUCCGAGGGAAUUGGUACUUGAUGAAGGACCAAAAGAAGAAAAAGGAGAUUUGAAUGAAGUUGAAAAGAAUUAUGUGAAAAAAUUUCAAAAAUUCCAAGAUAAAAAAUUGAGAAUAAAUAAAACAGAUAUUAAAGAAUUGGAAACGGCUAAGGAAUCGGGUACGCUGCAUGAAGCACUUUUAGAUCGAAGAAGUAAAAUGAAAGCUGAUCGAUAUUGUAAAUGAGUUUUUAUAAUUUUUAUAUAUUUUUUUUAGAAUAUUGA